AUGCCGCCCAAGCAGCCUACGAACUGGCGCCUCUGGACCAAAGUCCUAGUCGGCGGCGUAGCAAUCAGCGUGGGAGGACCCCUACUGACCAUGAGACUCACGCCGACCGAGGACGAGCUGCGCGCAAAGUACAACCCGGAUCUACUCAAGAAGAGCAUCGAGACGAGGGAGGAGCGACAGCAAGAAUUCGAUGAUUUCGUGACGAGGCUGAAGGAGUAUUCCAAAUCGGAUAAACCGAGGUUGUUUUGGAAGAGGGAAGGUGACGUGACCAUAUCCCUGGGAACCAAGAGAGCUAACGGGUGCGUGUUUUCCCCCAACCUAGUCUGGAUCGUGGUCAAGGAAGAGGAAGAGAGGCGCAAAAAGGCCGUGCUGGAAGCGGCCAAGGUGCAGCAGAAAGAGGCGGAUGCUCGCCGGGAAGAAAUGCGACGCGAGGCCGGCCUGGGCUCCAAGUAA